AUGCUCAGCUAAAUAUUUCAAAGUAUUGAUAGCGCUCUUCCGAUACUGACCGUUUAACAUUGCUAGCAAAUUACGAACGUUGUUAACGAAGUCAAGGCCACUAAGCUGAGGAUAUUCCACUGUAAUUAAUUCCGUAAUUACAGCGAAAGAAGGAGCAGAGUGUAAUUAACUGUGUCACCAAAGUUACAGAGCCCUUCCUCGAAUCAAUACCGUGGCACUGGAUUUAGUGUCUGACUGACUUCUGUUUGUUUUACUGAAAUAUUUCUAACUUCCUUGUGCAGAUAGAUACAUGGCCAGAAUAAUCGUCGUACAGCCUGGAGAUUGCAGGUAUGACUUAACAGGUCCUCAUCCUCACUAUGUACAUCGCUGGGAGACCAGCUAAACGUAACAUACCUCCUCGCCUAAGCAAGAUGGUUCAGAAAAAGUCCCAGAGUGUGAGCGUGGUGCCACUUUCAAGUCACGCUGACGUUCCACUUCUCUUUGUGGGCAACAAACCCGCCAGUGUGAUACACAGCAAGAAAGCAACACAUGUUAAGGUCCCUUCCUUUUCCGGCGACGUGUCCGUGGAACUGAUUCAGCAAUACGGCAGAGGCAGUUCGCGAGAAUCGGGUGAUCACGCGAACACUUUUCCUCAGAUAAAAGGUGCUCGUGGUCCCGGAGACAGACUCCACCAAAGUCGCGAGAAAUGCACAUCUCUCAGUCUGGAAAGGGUGGAGUUGCAAGGUAAGACCAUCUUCACAGAAGGACUCAGCUCGAUAAGUCGACGUAACGAACCACUACUCGUCUUCCAUCGCAAGGAUAUCCACGGCGCCAAUAUGCCGGAGACUGUGAAGGUCGCCAGGGAAAGAAGCAAAGUUGUGUUCGGUGUUCGGAAUUACGAAAUUCAUCGUAAUAUUCAAAACAAAGCUCGUUCAGUCGCACCGCUGCAAACUGAUACAGGACUAACCGUGGACAAAAUGACUGCAGAUGAUUUAUCAUUUCGUAACACGUCCACUACCAACAGUGAAAGCAAUCUUCCUCCGCGAGAGAGUCCCAUAUCGAAGGCCAUUAAGCGAAUGGAACAGAAGUAUGGAGUUUCUCCAAGCGUAUCUCCAUAUCCUUUGGCAUUGGCCAUGGCUCCAAUCUGCGAAGAUAAUUACAUGCAAAAUCAGAAUACACCAAAACACACGCCAAGACGAACUCAGAAAGAGACUGUAAAGAAGGGUUCUGUAAAAGUCGUAUCUUUGUCUCCAGAUUUUAGAGGCAAAGAACGAAGAUCUCCGCGUCUGCACGUGUCACUAACAGACGAAAGGUACAACCAGAGAGAAGCAUUUCGACAGCACAGACACGAAAACCGUCUGAAUCCGAUGAAAAUCCCACCCGAUAUCGAUAUAACAGAAGAGAGACUUGCUUUGAAAGUGUCUAUGCACGAAGACAAGAAAGCUAAACAAAACAAAUUGUUAAAAAGAUACAUAUACCAGUCGACCUUGUCGCGUGCACCUGGUGCCAAGGGCUAUACAGGGGAUGGCACUUCGACGACAGACCUAGAUGUUUUAAGUACUAAGAAGACUGAUGGCUCAUUCCAUGUCCGUGGCGUGGUUGGUACAUCAGUAGCCCGCGGUGCGAUCUGGAUACCGGGAAGCGUAUCUGAGGACGAUACAUUCAUCAUGAACCCACCCCCUACCGCUGAGACUACCUACCAAGCCGACCUGGGUUCAAAUACUCGAGAGCCCACGCUGAUGUCUCCAGUAGACGAGGACGCAAAGGAGGAAUCGCCGAGUCUUGGUGUCUUACCACAUAAAUCUGGUGAUUCGUCACCUCGAAAAAAAGGUACACCAACAUCUGAAGGGCGAAGGGUAGAAACUCGAGAAUCCAUUCACUCGGGUAAGUCUAGCAAUUUUCUACUGGUGCCAACGACUGACACAAAGACAGAGAGUCGUCCUUCGGUUGGCUCAUCGACCAGCGACGACGAAGGUGGAAUCAAAGAGACUGGUGUUGGAACCUCACGGACAAUAUCCACACAGACGAGCGCCCAUCGCGAUGCAGGGUCAGAGGUAAAAGCUUCCGUUCAGACUUUGGAGCUGUCUCUGCCCAAUUAUUCAGAUUUACCAAGCAUUAACGUGAGUGGUGAAGGUUCUUCGCCAGACCCAGUUAAAAAUGUUAAGAAAUUUGAACCAGUCUUUGAUGCUCCAGAUUUAGACUAUGUCAGGGACUAUGCAACUGGAAGGAAGUCUCAACAGUUAGUUCACAACAAGGCAAUCAGAUUUACAUCUCCAUUUGAAGUUGAGGAAAAUGCAAAACGACAGUAACGAAUUGUUUAAAUUAAGCUUCGAUUAUAUAUAUAUAUAUAUAUAUAUAUAUAUAUAUAUAUAUAUAUAUAUAUAUAUAUAUAUAUAUAUAUAUAUAUAUAUAUGUACACUAAGUUUAAUGUUCGCAUGGUAACUGUAUUAUGGGUUUAUGUAUAAGCAGUGUCAGACUCAAAGCUUUCGUUAGCUGUUGCCCAAGAGGGUACACACAAAAAUGGCCUCAAAGGAAUACUCAGUGCAUUAACUAGAUGACAGAAUAAUAUAUGGUUCGCCUCAUAAAACAAAUGGCCGCUUAAGAGGGAAGCAAGAAACUGGUUAACUGUAGGGCCUACAUUGAUGAUGUUCUGAACAUAAUUCUCUUGGCACAAAACAAAAUGUUGAGUAAAACAUUUUGUAGUGAUACAUUGAAAAUAUCACCUGAUCACACAAUAAGGCAUUAAAAAUGUGUUUCCAGGUUUAUUACUAUUAUUAUUAUUAUUAUUAUUAUUAUUAUUAUUAUUAUUUUGGUAAAUUAUUAUUAUUUCUUAAACUACAUUCACCCACGGCUACGGGUCCAGCUAAAAUGUUAUGCGUGCACUCGCCUACAUAUUAAUGUUCAAAGAAGAAAGAAC